CCUGUAAUCUCUGUGCUACUCUGAUCUACUCUGAUUAUUCGCCCUCCAAACACAACUUCAUCAUGCACUACCUUCAGACAGGUUUGAGCCUCGCGCUCGUGGGAGCAGCCGCCGCCGUUCCCCUCAGCUCAAGGGGAUAUGCGAGUCCAUCCAAGGGUCCAUCUGAUGCGGACAUCUUGAACUACGCUCUGACUCUUGAGCACCUUGAGGAUGUGUUCUACCGUGACGGACUUGCCAAGUUCUCUGAGAAGGACUUUGCCGAUGCCGGGUACGAUGCUGUCGUCUACAAGAACAUCCAGACCGUCAGCUCCGACGAAGCAACGCACGUCUCUUUCCUCACGACCGCUCUGCAAGCUGCCGGCGCGACCCCUGUCAAGGCCUGCACAUACAACUUUGCUUACACCGACGUCAAGACCUUCCUCGCGACCGCUUCGGUCCUCGAGGGUGUCGGUGUGUCUGCCUACCUCGGUGCGGCUGCCGACAUCAUGAGCAAGGACUACCUCACCGCGGCCGGCUCGAUCCUGACGGUUGAGGCGCGCCACAGCUCCUACAUCCGUGCCAAGAUCAAUGAGGUCCCCUUCCCCCAGCCGUUCGACGCGCCCUUGACCCUCGACGAGGUCUACUCCCUCGCCUCGCAGUUCAUCGUGUCCUGCCCGCCCGAGAACCCCAAGCUGCCCGUCAAGGCGUUCCCCAAGCUCACGCUGGAGACCAAGCCGCCGAUCAAGACCGGCGACACCGUCACCGUUCUAACUCCCGGUUACAAGAUUGAGACCCACGGCGAGAAGCUCUACGCCGCCUUCAUCGCCGUCACCGGCCCGACCUUUGUCGAGGCCAAGCCCGUCAACGGCGGCUACUCCUUUGUCAUCCCCAAGGGCUUCGCCGGCCAGACCUACGUCGUCCUGACAGGUUGCGACAAGGAGGUCACCGACGACACUGUUGUCGCUGGCCCUGCCAUCAUCGAGAUUGCCUCGUACUAAUUACGGGCUACAAGCAGAGAUGUCGGAAAUGCCAUGGUGGAUUCACUUCUUUGUAGAAAUUAAGCCGACAUCAAUACUCUCUUAUUCUUAACAUUUAAUUAUAAUCACUAUCUCUACCCACACAUCUGGCCACUGACACGGGUCAUGACGGAUAUGCUUCAACCUCACAUGGUGA